GCGCGAAUUUUGUGUCCAUUUUCUUUUCUUUUUAUUUGUUUUGAUUUUCAAAUCAGUACUUUAGCUGUAGAAUAAUUUAUGUUGAUUGUUUUUGUGUUAUAAAAGUUUAUUUUAAAUUCAAAAUAUUAUUUAUAAUUAGUCCAAAUAAUGAAUCAACAUGAAAAGCUUCUUGUUAGAUGUGAAGAAGAACCUGGAACUCACCCUCACUGUCCUCAUGGACCAAUGUUGUAUUUCUACAAAACAUCCUCCCUUAAAGAAGGUUUCUUUGCUUGUUCGGCGUUUCGUGACAAAAACUCAUGUGGAUAUCAUACGAAUUUAAAAGAAUUAAGCGAUUCACAUAAAAAACGACGGUAUCCUAUGGAAACAUAUGAUUACAAGAAGCUGAGACGAAAGAUAAAAUCAGUCCCCGUGGAAAAUCGCAACUACUGUCAUACCUGCAACUUACCCUACGUUCAUUUGGAGGCCAAUGUCCAUUCAGAUCAUAACACGCUCCAAGGCAUCACUGACGAGAAGUUCCUGAAUCCCACAAGUUUCCUCAAACCCAUCGACAACGACAAAGUUGAAGCACAGUACUUUUUCGACGAAAAAUCUCUGAAAGUUUUCACUUCGUUACUAGACAAAUGUGACAUAAGAAAAGUGGUCUGCAUUGGAACACCUCGUCUGCAUGCAUAUCUCCAGAAGAAUAAGGGUCAUACAGAUUCAUUCCUUCUUGACUUCGAUCAUCGGUAUUUCUACUUCUACGACGAUGACCAGUUCGCCUGGUACAACAUGUGCAACAACCACUUCUUCGACGAAAAGCAGCGUACCUUCUUUGAAAAAUUCCUAACUCUAGAGGACGAGGAUGAUGAUGAGAACCUGGCUCUCUUCAUUGAUCCUCCGUUUGGCUGCCGAACAGAGGUCGUUGCUAACAGCAUCAAGCAGCUCACUGCACUCUAUCGCUCCAAAAACAAGCUCCACAAGAUGCCAACUGUGUUCUGGGUUUAUCCCUACUUCGGGGAGUCCUACAUACGCCAGGUGAUGCCCGAGAUGGAAAUGUGUGACUACAAAAUAAACUACACCAACCACGAAAGCUACAGCGAUGGCAGCAAGGGCAGAAAACUGGGAAGUCCUGUGCGUCUGUUCUCCAAUGUCCCACAGAACCUGAUCGUCCUGCCAACUGCAGAGGGAUACAAGUUUUGCCAGCCGUGCAAUCGAUGGACAUCGAAGGAAAACACCCACUGCACCAUCUGCUCGGACUGUCCCUCAAAGAAUGGAGACACCUACCGCCACUGCAUGGAGUGUAAGACGUGCGUCAAGCCAAACUACGUCCACUGCAAAGAUUGUCGGAGAUGCACCCAGAAGGGAGAGCACAAUUGCGCCGAAUACCAGGCCAGGAUCCGUUGUUGGAUUUGCCGUGAAGUGGGACACAACGAGUACAACUGCCGAGCCCUGCAGCUAUACAAGACCAAGAAGAAGCUACAUUCUAAUCUCUGCCUGAUUUGCAGGCAACCGAAACCGCACAAUGAAAAAUCGUGCCCAAAACGGAAGCAGUACAUCGUCGAGCACUCGUUCAUGGGCCAGAGCACUUUGAAGUUUAAAAAACGUCACCGAAAGUAAAUAGCAUAUUUUAUACAUAUUUUUAAGUAGUAUGUACAUUUAUUUAUGUUUAAAAGAACUUUUAAAAUACAUAACAGCUUGUGAGCAACACUUGGGUCUUGAAAA